AUGGAGGUGAAGAAGGAUGGAGGAGGGCAGUGGUCUUCAUCGGGAGACUCCCCGGCUCCCUGCAACCCUGUCUGCUACAGGAGCAUCCUCUUCAUCUUCCUCCUCAUCUUCCUCAUCAUCGGGGUCUUUUUAGGCCUGCUUAUUGCAUACCUGGUGCAGGAGCAGCAUUACUUCAUGGAGACAGUGGAGCUGAAGGGUCUUAAGUAUGAUCCUGUUCUGCAAGAUGUGGACUCUGGGUUUUCCAUCGUGCUCUCAUCCGUUUUGAAGACCAAGAUUAAAAAUGUCUUCAGCGCCUCGUCAAUAUCACAUCACUACGUUGACUGUAAUUUUGUUGCCUAUGGCAACAUUAAUGGUGAUGUGAUGGCAACGUUCAGACUGGUCUUCACAGUUUCCAAGGUCCAACAGUAUUCUGACAACUUUAUCCAGGACUUGCUGAGGGUGGGGCUCAAUGCAGCACUGCAUGGAAAUCCCCUAGUGGUCCCUGAGUUUGGAGAGAUCAACAAUAUCAUCUUACUGGGGGCAAGUGGAAAGUCAUUCUUCACCAUUGGAGAUGAGAUGAUGGCCAGGUGUCCUGAAAGCACUUUCACUUGUGACAAUGGGGAGUGUGUCACCAAGUCUAAUCCAGAGUGCGACGUCAUCCCUGACUGUGCUGAUGGAUCAGAUGAGGCUCGCUGCUCCUGUGGUACCCGUCCUGCCAUGGGGAGUCGUGUAGUGGGUGGUGAGGAUGCACGACUAGGGGAGCUGCCAUGGCAGGUCAGUUUGAAACUGUAUGGACGCCACACGUGCGGAGCCUCCAUCAUCGAUGAACGCUGGCUGGUCAGCGCAGCCCACUGCUUUGAGAGGGACAAUGACCCCAAGGUGUGGACAGCCCUGGUGGGCGCCAGUCUGGUGAGUGGCGAGGAGCCAGAAUCCAAAACAAUUAACAUCAAGUCACUGAUAGUGUCCCCACACUACAACCCUCUGACCACAGACAAUGAUGUGACCGUGUUGGAGCUGGAGACCCCUCUCACCUUCAGCCCCUACAUCCAGCCUGUCUGCCUGCCGUCCAGCUCUCACACCUUCGUCCCAGGCCAGAGAUGUGUGGUGUCGGGGUGGGGCGCACUGUCCCAGCUCAGCUCUGAAGUGCCUCCUACGCUGCAGAAGGCAGUGGUGAAGCUCAUCGACUCAAAGGUGUGCAAUAAAUCUUCCGUCUACAGAGGAGCCAUCACGCGCAAUAUGAUGUGUGCCGGAUUCCUGCAGGGCAAGGUGGACUCCUGUCAGGGUGACUCUGGAGGGCCUUUGGUGUGUGAGCAGGCCCCAGGGAGGUUCUUCCUAGCCGGGGUUGUGAGCUGGGGAGUGGGCUGUGCCCAGAUCAAUAAACCUGGGGUCUAUUCCCACGUUACCAGGCUCCGCAACUGGAUUCUAAGCUAUACAAACCCCGGCCUAGUCCAGUACAACAUCCCCACUGUGGCAGUCACUGUUCCCGGGGAGAACUUUAAUCAUCCACCUGUUGCUAGGGCUACAGCCAUGGCCGGAGCCUCUCCUCCAGCCUUACUUGCCUCAAACUGCAGUGGCAACUUCCAUUGUAGCACCAGCUCCUGCAUAAGCAAGGUCAACCCUGAGUGUGAUGGAGUCCAAGACUGCCCCAACGAGGCUGAUGAGAGAAACUGUGACUGUGGUAUGCGUCCUGCAUUGGGAUCCCAGAAGAUCGUGGGUGGAGUGACAGCUCGCAGAGGGGAGUGGCCAUGGGUUGGCAGUCUCCAGUAUCAGAAGCUUCACCGUUGUGGUGGCACACUCAUACACAACAAGUGGUUGCUCACUGCGGCUCACUGCUUCAAAGGAGACCCUAACCCUUCUGGCUGGUCAGUGAGCCUUGGUUCAGUGCUACGAUCUGGGGUAGGAGCCUUGGUCAUCCCCAUCCAGAAGGUCAUCCUACACCCAGCCUUCAACACCACCAACAUGGACCAUGAUGUGGCUCUGCUGGAGCUGGCGGUACCAGCCCCCAGGUCUUACACCAUCCAGUCUGUCUGUCUCCCCUCGCCUGUCCACCGGUUCUUUAAGAGUGCAGAGUGCUACAUCAUGGGCUGGGGGUCCAUGAGGGAGGGAGGUUCACUGACCAACCUGUUGCAGAAAGCCGCAGUAAACAUAAUUGACCAAGCAGACUGCCAGCAGUCCUACGGCAGUGGGCUGACUCCUAGUAUGAUGUGUGCUGGAUACAUGGAAGGAGGAAAGGACACGUGUCUGGGGGACUCUGGAGGCCCCCUGACGUGCCGCCACCCCUCUGGCCAGUGGUUUGUCGCCGGUGUGACCAGCUGGGGACAUGGAUGUGGACGAAUGGGUUUCCCAGGGGUGUACACACGUGUAACAGCUGUCAGGGAAUGGACAUCCAUGUACCUGCCUUUCUAAGGUCACGCAAAAGCAUAAGAAGUUUCUCCCGAAAAACAAACCGUCCACAUUGAGGUCCAGAUUCUCACCGAUACAUCUUCUCCAGUAUACUGUACUGUACAAAAAGGACUAAAGUCAUGCUAGUAGAGUCAGAAUCCUCACAGGUGUCAAAUUAGUCCUUAUAGACACAGACAUGUCUCCAUUGUGCUGACUGACUCAAAACUCCAGAAAACUGACCUGUCUUACUUCUUGGUCAUAGGUGCUUAUUUAAUUAUUGUGGAAACCUGUGAAGCUUGGGACCGCCCCCAACCACAUACAAAGGAGCAAUGAAGAGAAACAUGGAAACAUCAUUGUGAACUGUGGCCUAUUAACACUCUACUAGCACAUGCAUAAUGUAUUUAUUUUACAGUUAUUUAUUGUCUUCAUCCAAAACAUACAAGCUAUGUAUUUUAUUUUCUUCAUUUGGGUUUCAGAUUAUAU